CACAACUUCGGUCGCAUGUAGCCUCAAGCCUCAUGACACUGUCAGCAGUUAUCAUUCCCAAUUGUCGCUGACAUGUGCAGCACAUCUGUGACUCCGACUACGAACCGGUCAAUGUGACCAAAGCCGUCGGCGCCACUCAUGCCACCAAAGAGGAUACGCACAGUCGAGGGCUCAUGCUGGUCCUGUAAACAACGCAGAGUGAAAUGCAGUCUUGAGAAGCCUGCCUGCAGCAAAUGCAUUGUCGCCGGGACGAAAUGCAGCUAUGACAAAAUCCUGAUCAAAUGGGAUGCCCGGCCAAGGAAAGGCUCUCCCGUAGGAAAUCAACUCUGCUUGUACCAUCAUUCAUUGCCCGGCAGCAGCGGAUACAACCUGGCCAUCAACGAACGACGCGCCAUUGACUAUUUCCGCUCGCGAGUCUGGCCAUUGUUCUCGACAUCGGCUCAUCCAUGCCCGCCCCCUAUCGCGCUCGCCAUGGCGGACAGGUCGGUAUUGCUGGCGACGUGUGUCAUGGCCGACUCGCAUCGCGUGUUGUUCGAUGGACGGAAUAGCAAGGAGAACGUCUACAACAAGCGCCUCCACUGUAUCACCACUGUACGAAAACAACUUGCAGAUGCAGCAGACAGCAAGGGCAUGCCGCUAUCAACUGUCCUCGUCGCGGUGCUGCUGAUGUACUUUUCCGACGGGUUCGUGGAAUGCAACCAUCCUGAUUCUUCGACGUUGAGUCAUCAUGCCGGCGCAAGAGCGAUAAUCAAUUCUUUGGGAGGUCUUUCAGCAAUUAUGUCUGAUGGAGAGACCUCUAUCAAAAUGCUACUGAGCGAAUUCGCCACUACAGAUUUGACGAACUCUUUGCUACACGGCACUCCACCUUCGUUCCCAUCCAAGACUUGGGAAAUGAUGGACAUGAACGCAGUGUGGUGGGAGAAGACACCUCCGGGCAUGGAAUCGUUUGCAUCGAUAUUUCAAAAGAUGUCCGAUUUGGCGAGUUAUCACGAUCUCGUGUCACUCGGCAAGCAGGAAUUUUCCGUCCAACGCAUCAAGGAGUUCGAAGCCGAUCUACGGCCAGGCUACGCUUCAAUCAGUCCAGUCGAGCUGACGGACCACAAAGAAGAAGAGGAGGAGGAGGACCAGAAACCUCUUGACCCGGACAUGGUGCCCUCUUCGGCCUUGUUGCGCGCUUUCCAGCACAGCGCAAACCUGUAUCUCUACCGCGCCGUCUGCGGAUUGCCGGCGAAUCACUACGUUGUUCAACAGCAUGCACAAGCCUGCCUCGACUGCAUCAUGGGAAUGCCGUCGCAAUCAAAGGCUUUGAACUGUGCGCUUUUCCCACUCUUGGUGUCUGGUGCGCACGCUUUUCUCGACACGAAUAAACAGGCAAUCGUACGAAAGUUGGACGUCGUAUAUGGCAAUCUCAAGUUCAAUGCUGUCAAGUCGAUCCGAUCGGCACUGGAGGACCUGUGGGCGUCACCUAGACAAGGCGGAUCAUGGUUUGAAAUGUUUACAGGUCUCGAUGCACAGGCUCUGGUUCUGUAGGCUUUACGAGUACGAUGGGAGGUUGUAUGAUGACUUAUAAAAAAUAUACGAUGUCAUCACUGUAGGUAAAUCUUGGUUAGGUACGGCAGCUACGCUGCUUUUUCUCAAGCUGGCAAAGCAGUCAUAAAAAUCAACGACGUCGAUCGACGUCGAUACUUGAG